UUGUAAAUGACGUAAUUCGUGGAAAACAAGAUGGCGACGUCUAAAUCGUAAAUGUGUUUAUCUAAAUAGAUAUCUGCCUUUCUGAGGCAUCAAUUAAGUGUUCCCGUUAAUCGGACAGCUUAAUAUCAUACGAGAUAAGAUAAAGAGACAACUGGCUUUGUUAACGACUGAAACAUAUCUGGACUGGUCUUGAUUAUUUCCUUAGCAGCCUCGGGUUAGAGCCGGGAGACGAGGUUCUGAGGAUCACAGGAUGGACGGCAACGCCAACGUUAGUGGAGAGUACAUCUCGACUAUGGAAAAUAUGGACCCGACUUUGUCAGAACUUGGGGACGAAUUUACACUGGGAGAUAUCGAUGAGAUGCUCCAAUUUGUCAGCAACCAGGUGGGGGACUUCCCUGACCUCUUUGAGGACCAGAUGGCCACGGCGAGCUCCCUCCAGAACGGAGCAGGCGCCCCCCCGCGUCCUGCACCUCAGCCCCCACAGACCCCCACCACAACGGUGUACCAGAACACCAACGUCACCCUCACGCCCACCCACACCUUGGCGCCCAUGUCCAUGCCCCUCACACCGCCCCAAACCCCAGUCCAGACGUUGUCCUCUGGGCAGCAUCAGGUCCGCACCCCUCCCCUGCUCCAGCCCCGGCCUCAGAUGCAGGCCAUCCAGCCCCAGCAGCAGCCCACCAUCCAGGUCCAGACCCAAAGCAUCCCCAUGCAGACACACAGCUUCCCAGUGCACACCCUAGUCCAGACCCACAACCAGACCCUGCCCAUCCAGACCCAGGCCCAGACGGUGAUGAUCACAGCCAAUGGUGGCCAGUCCCGCUUUAUCCAGAACCCCGUCAUUUGCCACCAGAGCCCCACUACAGGCUUCCAAGUCCUUCAGCCUCAGAUGCAGAGCAUAAUGACAUCACCACAGCCCAUGACCAUCCAGCACCAGAGAAUACUGCAGACAGGCCAGACAAUCCAGACCCUCUCCACAGCGCCCACUACAGUCCACACCAUGCAACAGCAGGUUCAACAGGUACCCCUUCUAGUCCACCAGCCCCAGAUCCUGAAGACUGAGAAUCUGGUCCUGACGACCCUGAAGCCUGACGGCACACAGGUUCUCUCCACCAUGCAGAACCCCGGGAUCACCACCUUGACGCACCCCAUCCAGACCCAGACUCUACAGGUACCGGUCACCGUUGACUUUAACCACUCGCAGACUCUGAUGGGCAGUAACAUCCUGACCACCGUUCCUGUCAUGAUGGGGGGUGGAGACAAGCUGCCAAUCAAACAGCUGUCGUCAGGCUCCUCCAACUGUGGAGGCGGGGCCAGGCAGGUGAUGGACCAGGGGAUGGUGAUUGGUCCAGGGGGCCAGGUGAAGGAGGGAGAGAGGAGGACCACUCACAACAUAAUCGAGAAGAGGUACCGCUCCUCCAUCAACGACAAGAUCCUGGAGCUACGAGACCUGGUCGUGGGCGGCGACGCAAAGAUGCACAAGUCAGGAGUCCUGAAGAAAGCCAUCGACUACAUCAGAUAUCUGCAGCAGGUCAACAACAAGCUACGGCAGGAGAAUCUGGCCCUCAAGAUGAACAGCAAGAACAAGUCAGUGGUGCUGUCUGAUGACGUUGAGAUGAAGCCAGAGGUGAUGAUGAUGAUGUCACCUCCCGCCUCCGAGUCCGGUUCGGGUUCUCCUCAUGGGUUCUCUCCGUACUGUAUCGACUCAGAGCCUGGCAGCCCCUUACUGGACCAUGAGCAGUUGAAGAGCGAGCCUGGCUCGCCCUCCUCCGUGGGUGUGAUGGAUCGCUCUCGUCUUCUCCUUUGCGCCCUCACUUUCCUCUGCCUCUCCCUGAACCCCCUGCCAUCCCUCCUGGGGUCGGAGUCGCAAGGCAGCUCCGGUUUCUCCUCCACGCACGGAGCGUCCAGGACCCUGUUCUCCUUGCCCAGCCAGACCCAGAACUUUGCUUCCUGGCUUUGGUGCCUGUUGCCGUGGGUGACGGUGUGGGUGUUGAGCGGUGUUGGGGCGGUGUGGGGCUGUGUUCGGGUCCUCUACCUCUGGGAGCCUGUCACUCCCCUUCACUCACCCAAGUCCGUCUCCUUCUGGAGGCACCGUAAACAAGCCGACCUACAUCUCCAGAGGGGGAACUAUACCGAAGCUGCGGACAGUCUGGAGACCUGCCUGUCAGUCUUGACCAGAGCCCUGCCCACCACCCGCCUGGAGCUCCUCUUCUCCCUCUCCUGGAACCUGAUUCGCUACUCCCUGCAUCGCCCGACCCCUCUCGGCUGGCUGGUUCGCCUGGUUGGUGGGAAGCAUGAGGGGGAGGAGUCCAAGACCAGCGCCCGAGACGCAGCUCUGGUCUACCAUCGUCUGAGCCAGCUGCAGCUUACAGGAAAGCUUCCCCACCACAGUGGUCUCUGGGCUCUGUCUCUGUCCAUGAGUGCAGUCAACCUCAGUGACAGUGCCCAGGGCAAGAUGGCUCCCGCCCAGCAGGCCCAGAUCUACGUCACCACAGCCACAGCCCUGCGCACUCUGCUGGGACACCACCUCUCUUGCCUGCCUGGUUACCUUUUGAGCUGUGCUGAGGGUGUGGCCAGCCAAUCGGAGUCCAAGCCUAUCCCUGACUCUCUGCACUGGCUCUUCACACCAUUGGGCAGGCAGUUUUUCCUCAGCUGUGACUGGUCUGUGAAGUCUGAGAGCAGAGAGGGUGUUUACACCUCUCAGAGAGACCCAGCUGACCCGAUUGCCCAGCUACAUCGUAGCUUCUGUGAGAAGCUGCUGGAGAGAGCCGUGCAUUCCCUCAUCCAGCCCCACACCGACACCAAGCCCAGGAACAACUCUGGGGAGUUCUCCAGUGCCUUGGAGUUUAUCCAGCUGUUGAAUGGUUGCACGGAGGAGUCCUCCUCCCCCUCUCCUCCCUUCCCAGCCCCACCCAAUCACACCACCACGCCAGUGGUGGAGCCAGUGAGUCGCUGGUGGGCGUCGGUCCUAAAGGCAGCUGUCCAUUGGCUACAAGGGGAUGAUGUUGCCGUGCGGUUACUGGUGUCUGAGGCAGAGCGCAUGCCCAGAGCUCUACACACCCUGGACCAUCCAUUGCCCAAGGCGGUCCUGCUCUUAUGUAAGGCCGUGAAUAUGAGCCUGUCUCCACUGAAGGGGGACGGGACAGUGGCGUGUCUGGCUCAGUGUGACCGGGCCAGCGGGCACCUGCGUGCCAGCAUCUCCAUCCCCCUGACCACCCAGUCUGGCAACUGGCUCAACAAGGGGGUGGAGCUCCUUUGCUGUGACCUUUUGCUGACCCUCAGGACCAGCCUAUGGCAGAGAGGGAGCGGCAGCAACGGAGAGCAAGGCCCCGCCCCUGGUUCCCAGCUGACCGGAUUCCAGCGGGACCUGAGCUCACUGCGCAGGCUGUGCUACCGGCAGGCGCAACACAAGGUGUUUCUGCAUGAGACCACAGUGAGGCUGAUGGCUGGCGCCAGUCCCACCCGCACACACCAGCUCCUGGAGCACAGCCUGCGGCGCAGGAUCCACAGCCCAGACCAAACCAACGCAGAGGACAACUGCGUCUUGGGUGAGCGUGAAAGGGCUCACGCCAUCUUGCUGGCGUGCCGCCACUUGCCCUUACCCCUGCUAACCCCCCCCGGGCACCGUGCCCGCCUGCUGGCCGAGGCCAAACGCACCCUGGAGCGCGUGGGCGACCGCCGGUCUCUUCAGGACUGCCAGCAGAUCUUGCUCCGGCUCAGUGGGGGCACCACUAUCGCUGCCUCCUGAGGACCCCCCCCCCCCCCCCCCUCAAACAGACCUCCCAGAAUUUACACCCACCCACACACAUUCAAACUGACAGCUCAUCUACUCACUCCGAGCAGACCCAUCAAUGAUGAGUCAUCCUCCACCACAAAUCUGAUAUUACCCAACUCCCAGAAGUGUCGUCUUUGUCUACACACAACACUGAUGUUAUUUUGACAGUUAAACAGUUCCUCAUUGUCAGAUAGGCAAAUGUUGCCCACUCGGUUGUUUGCUAGAUACUUCAGAAUGAAGUUGUGGAAGUCAUAUGUAAUGUCAAAAUGAAGGGGUGUCUGUACCAAACUAAGUAAUCAGCAAUCGUCAUAAACCAGUUUUCUGCACACGGCUUAUGGUUCUGGCACAACCCAUUGGUUUCUGGGACCAAUCAGAGUGUUUAGAAUGUGGUCGCAUUCUAGAAAUCCUUGAAGAGGAAGUCUGUUCCACACAUAUUGCGGUGAAGAGACAUUCUUGGCUGUGGCAAUGAGAUUGAAUAGCAAGACAAACUGUUAUAGAUCAGGCACCGAUCACUCUACAUCAGGCACCAAAGGGGACCUUCGGUCUGCCAAGCUGAACAGUGACUACUGUUGACAUUAUGACAGUGUCAUGUUUACUUUCACACCGCCUAAAAUCCCUAUAUCCCCACAAAAGGAACUGUACAUAUUGUGGCUAAUUCACUGGACCAUUGCGCAUUGUUUCUCACAUGCUCUCUGGUGAAAUGCUAGCACUGUAAUGUUGCUAAAAAUGCUAAGCAUAAAGGAAGCGGCUAUAGGGCGUAAAGGGAAAAGGGAUCAAAAUGACUGCCACUGAACUCUCAUCUGCAAACAAUUCAGUCUCUCUUUAUGCACCAUUUAACUGGAUCAAGCGCGUUGAAUGGACAUCCAUCCGUAAGAGGACGUGUUUGUUCGCGUCUACAGCUUUAACACAGAGUUGGAGAGUCAGAGGUAGAUGAUAGGCCGCACGUGUUCUGGCAGUCCACAAGCUAUAGACGCUAAAGACUCAAAUGUAAUGUGCGUCCAUGCGUCACAGUAAUUACACAAUGAUGAAAACGGAGGGGUGUUUGUAAAACACAAAUAAAAUAGUUCCUAGCAGGAAGACCUAUGGUUACGUGUAUUCUAGCUUUGACCAUUACCUUCCAGCUUCUACUGAAUGACGCAAAUUAGAUUUCUUCUCGCGGUACGACGCGAGGUAGGCUCUCUUUAUAUCUACCUCAUUGACUGCACAGUGACAGUGUGCUCUAGCUCGGUGUAGUACCAUAUUAGUUCCGGCAUGGUGAUGGUUCCACGUAGUCAUACCCAGUGCAGUGUCAACUCUGUGGGAAAGUUCAAUGAUUUCGGAGUGCAUUUAUAAUGUUGACCAAACAACCAGGUCGCUCUCAAUAGUAGGGUUGAUUCUGACCAAUCUAUUAACUGUAGAGGUCACGGUGAGUCUUGCUAGGUUAUGCCGUAAUGACCCGUUGGUGGAGAGGGUUUCCUAGGAUGUGUAGGCGGUUGAUGGGAUGCCCUCAAGUAUAAUGGCCUUGAUAUAGUUAAUGAUUUUAUAAUGUUUCAGUGUCAGAGUUAUUGUGGGAUCUCAGUCCAAUUGCUUUUAAAUGGAUUGCCUGUUGGCUAGAACGUCACUGUCAUUCUCAUUAUCUUUGUUCCGAUUUUCUUAUUUAAUGGCUGUAAUAUUAUAUUUGCUCAGUUUUUUUUUUUUUU